AUGGCCAACCAUCGGCAGACCGAACAUCUUUAUGCUAUCUUCGUGCACGCCGGCGCUGGCUACCACUCGCACGAUAACGAAGAAAUGCACUUAGAGGCCUGCAAAAAUGCGGCCGAAGCUGGAAUGAACAUUCUGCGCAGUGGCGGCACUGCAGUUGAUGCUGUGGAAGUGGCCAUCAUGACAUUUGAGGACACCCCUGUCACAAAUUCCGGCUAUGGUAGUAACCUCACUGCCUCUGGAGAAGUGGAAGGUGAUGCCACUAUUGUCGAUCAUUUCGGACGAAGCGGAGCUUGUGGAGCGGUUCCUACUGUCAAAAACCCAAUCAUGCUGGCACGCAAAAUCUAUGAUCAAGCCCACUCCGCUCCAGGAAUUUCUCGUAUUCCACCCAACCUCCUCGUGGGUCAAGGGGCCGCUGAUUUUGCCUGGGAUAAUGGCCUCCUUCUUGUCGACCCUGAGCAUCUCAUUGCUCCUGGGCCUAGAGCUCGCCACGAGACCUGGUGCAAGGAUGUUGCAGCUUUUGAAUCAAAGAACCCCGACAGUGGCAAGCGCAAGAAAUUUCUGAAAUGGAUUCGUCGCCCCGGCAUCCGUACCUUGGACCAAACUGACAUCCCGGAGAGCGACACAGAAAGAGUUUCUCCUGCAUCUUGUGACUCACGUGUGCACGGGAAUGGAUCUACUCGAAUUGGUCGUCCGGAAAGUCCAGAAGACUCAGAUGGCCAUGGCAGCGGGUUCCAUUCCGAAUCACCUGAGGUCGUGUCUGGAAGCUCACAGGAGUGUUCGGAGUCGGCUUCGGCUGACCACAAGAGCGACCCUACGGCGUAUCAGCAGAAUGCUCCCCCGAAGGACGAUCAAGCCAAUUCUCGCGUGGACCUUGGAAACUUGAUGGACCCAAAAACUGACAACAAUGACAAGAUCACAGAUACUGUGGGGGUUAUCGCAGUUGACAACCUCGGUAAUAUCGCCGCGGGAUCGUCUUCUGGAGGCAUCGGCAUGAAACAUCGAGGCAGAGUUGGUCCAGCCGCUCUUGUUGGCAUUGGCACUUAUGUGCUUCCUGCUAACCCAGCUGAUCCUGAUAAGACCACCGUGGCUACCUGUACCUCGGGCACUGGAGAGCAUAUUGCCUCCACCCUCGCUGCCAGUACUGCCGCUAGACGGAUUUACUACUCCCAAUGCAAGGACAGUGAAGGACACCUCGUGAGCGUGUGCGAGGAGGAGGCCCUCGCCGACAUGAUCAAGCAUGAUUACCAUGAAGUGUUGACAUGGAUAACGUCAGGUCACCCUGCUCUCAUCAAUACCGAGAUCGAGGGCUCGAUUGGUAUCAUGUCUGUGAAGAAAGACAUUGAAGGCAUCUCGUUCAUCUUCGCCCAUAGUAGCGACUCUUUUGCGCUUGCGUCAAUGUCAAGCUCCGACGAGGAGCCUUCUUGUCUUAUGUCUCGAAUCACACGAUCUGGAGCUACCGCUUUGGGAGGGCUUUACUUCGAGUAUCCU